AUGCCUGCAGUUGCGAAGCUUGUGCCAGAGGAGACUGUAUUCUUCCUCUGUGACGUGCAAACACGUUUCAAGAAUGUCAUAUUCGGCAUUGAUGAGCUUGUGUUGACGAUCAAUAAGAUGCUCAAGGUCGCAAAGGUGUUGGAGAUCCCUGUGGUCGUCACGGAACAGAAUCCCAAAGGCCUCGGAAACAGCAUCCCCGACAUCGACUUGCCUUCCCUAGGGCCCCUUCUCGUUGCUACCAUCGCGAAGGGACUCUUCUCCAUGUUAACGCCAGAAGUGAAGGCCCUGCUCCACGAACGGCCACAUAUAAAAUCUGUGGUGCUCUUUGGCAUCGAGUCACAAGUUUGCGUGUUACAGUCAGCCCUAGAUCUCAUUGAGGCGGGGUACAAUGUACAUGUGAUUGCAGAUGGUGUCUCCAGCUCUAACAAAGAAGAGAUCCCCUUCGCCCUAGAGCGGAUCCGACAGAGUGGUGGAUACAUCACUACGAGCGAGAGUGCGGCCUUUCAAUUGCAACGGGAUGCUGGUCUUCCCGGAUUCAAACUGUUCUCGAACGUCAUGAAGGAAGAGAAGAAUAAUGCGGUAAGAACCUCGCAGAAGCUGCUACAACAUCGUUCUUUCUUGUAG